CAAGCUUUCAAAACAUGAACUUUUAAUGAGAUUUUUCUUUUCUCUGUCCAAUGGCUAUUUCAGUUUCUCUUCAUUAUCUCUCUCGCUCUUUCUUCUCCAAUUCCCAGAAUUUGACGCAUAAAAAUGGUCACUAUGGGUGGUCAGAGAGACCCAGUUGCUGUUUCAGCUAUAACUCCAAGAACAAACUCAGGCCUGUCAAACCUUCUGUAGAGUCUCCUCCUUUUCCACUCUUUCAACCUCCCAAAGUUGAACAAUCAGAUCCUGAUGCGUUGGAGCCAGCAGACCCUGAUUUCUAUAAGAUAGGUUAUGUUCGAAGUAUGAGAGCUUAUGGAAUUGAAUUCAAAGAAGGGCCUGAUGGAUUUGGAGUGUAUGCUUCUAAAGAUGUUGAACCACGUCGUCGUGCUAGAGUAGUCAUGGAAAUACCUCCAGAGUUGAUGAUAACCAUAAGGCAGAAACUCCCAUGGAUGUUUUUCCCAGAUAUAGUGCCAAUAGGCCAUCCAAUAUUUGAUAUCAUUAACUCAACUAACCCAGAGGUAACUUGA